AUGCAGAGCGGCCACCGAUUGGCCAGUCCUGUGCGCGAGCCUCUGAAUCGGAGCUUCCUGUUUCAACCUUUGUUUGUAAACAGGCAUGAGGAAGCAUCGCAUUUCCCGAUUUCCCGAACGGUGGACCUGAUUGUACCUUGCAGCUCUAUAAAAGUCAUUGGUCAGGACGUGAAUGUGACAGAAGGAGAUGAUGCACAAUUAUUCUGUCAAGCGGUUGAGACAUCAGAUAAACUAACAAGUAUCACCUGGCAACGACGAACAAGAAAACCGGGAAACAAAGACUUCUUUGCUGUUACUUCUGAUGGGAAAGAAAGACAAUUGAAUGGAUUGGGGGACAGAGUUAAAUUCACAGGAAGCAUCUCAGGACUCGACGGCUCAAUUAUUUUAGGAAAUGUUAGUGUUUUAGAUGAAGGAACCUACACUUGCGUCUUCAGCGUAUUUCCAAGUGGACCAUAUGAAAAAGAAAUGUAUCUCACAGUACAAGUUGCUCCUGUGGUCAGUGUGGGUACAGAUGUCCAUCCUGUUUCUGGUCAGACUGAGGAGAUUUUAGCAACCUGCACUGCAGCCAAUUCAAAGCCUUCAGCAGAGGUGUCGUGGAAUCUAGGUACUUUAAGAGACUCUUUUAAAGUACAUACUAAUCACACUGUGGACUCUGAAGGAAGACACACUGUUACUAGCAACCUGAUUGGCACUGCAUCCAAGGAGCUAAACCAGAAGAAGGUUCAGUGUUUGGUCUCACAUCCUGGAUUAAAGGAGAAAAAACUACUGGAAUACACAUUGAACAUUUACUACCCUCCACAGUUGGUUUACAUUAAUUUAACAACUUCUCAAGGGGAAACCCGUGAAUUUCAGUGUGAUGUAGAUGCCAAUCCAAAACCAUCACACUUUAAUUGGAGCAGAAUUUCUCCAGUGAGAGAGACGUUUUCCAACGUUGAUAACAGACUGAUUAUUUCAGCAACCCCUGAAUUUAACGGCCAUUACUUGUGUAUUGUAUCUAACCAAUAUGGGGACGCUAUAGGUUCCCUCUAUGUGAAUGUUAUACCAGCUACAGAAAGCAAAAUUUGCUGGACUCUGUUCAUCAUAGUCCUCAUCGCUCUGAUUUGUGGUUUUGUCGUUUGGAAAUUUCAGUUGCAUCAACACAUUAUAAAAGACUGAGGCUUAAUAGCAGUGAUCCUGUGCCGACUGAUUCUGGAGAGGAAAUGAGCUGAUGUUUGGGAUCAAUAUUAAAGGCCGUUGGAGUGGCCUCCAGUCCAAGAGAACACCAUACAGAGGCAGGCCAGGACGAAGUGGGCAGAGGGAAGUCCAGAUGAAAGUGUACCUGUGGACAUAUUAUAAAUAAAACACAGUGUCCAUAUUGUUGAAUUUAACCCAGCCAUUAGGGUUGCACAAGCCAGUGCACUCUUAGUGCCGGUCCCAAGCCCGGAUAAAUGGGGAGGAAUUCAUUAGGAAGGGCAUCCAAAAAACAUGCCAAAUCAAAUAUGCGGAUCAGAGGAUGGCUUUGGAGGUGAAGAAUAAGAGGAGGGAUCGAGAACUGAAAAAAUAAGAUGGUGGAAAUUGAAAGAGAAAGACUGUAGUGUGAGAUUCAGAAUUUCUUUUCUUUCUUUCUUUCUUUCUUUCUUUCUUUCUUUCUUUCUUUCUUUCUUUCUUUCUUUCUUUCUUUCUUUCUUUCUUUCUUUCUUUCUUUCUUUCUUUCUUUCUUUCUUUCUUUCUUUCUUUCUUUCUUUCACACUGCUGGCAUGCUGAAGGCUCGUUUCUUGGAUAUGGGUGUAAUGUAAAAAUUUUAAUUGUUCAGAACCACUGAACAAUUAAUUGUAAAAAGUAUUUUUGAAGUACUAAGGCGUUAUUUUGUUCAAGACUCUUACAAACAUAUUAAUUCACCUGAUUUAAAAUAAAAUGUUUGUUCAUCAAUUA